UUUCCUAGAUCCAAGCACUCAGAUUCCCGACCGUUUCUCUAUAUAUACGUUUCCGAAGUCCCAGCGUAAGAGCACUCGCAAGCAUUUUGCAAAAGAGGGACCCUUGAUUCUCUCUCCAUUCUCUCUCUCUCUAGGGUUUACAUUCGUUCAUAUUUCAGAAGAAUGGAGACCUUCCUAUUUACCUCUGAAUCUGUGAAUGAGGGUCACCCAGACAAGCUUUGUGAUCAGAUAUCUGAUGCAGUGCUUGAUGCAUGCCUUGAACAAGAUCCUGACAGCAAAGUUGCUUGUGAGACUUGCACCAAGACCAAUAUGGUCAUGGUCUUCGGAGAGAUCACAACCAAGGGCAAGAUAGACUACGAGAAGAUUGUACGCGACACUUGCCGCACAAUUGGAUUUGUUUCGAAUGAUGUUGGUCUUGAUGCUGACAACUGCAAGGUCCUGGUUAACAUUGAACAACAAAGCCCUGAUAUUGCUCAGGGUGUCCAUGGUCACCUCACCAAGCGCCCUGAGGAGAUCGGAGCUGGUGAUCAGGGUCACAUGUUUGGAUAUGCUACUGAUGAAACCCCGGAGUUGAUGCCCCUCAGCCAUGUUCUUGCAACCAAGCUUGGUGCCCGUCUCACUGAAGUACGUAAGGAUGGAACAUGCCCAUGGUUGAGGCCUGAUGGCAAGACCCAAGUCACCGUUGAGUACUACAAUGACAAUGGUGCCAUGGUCCCAAUUAGGGUCCACACUGUUCUCAUUUCCACUCAGCAUGAUGAAACUGUGACCAAUGAUGAGAUUGCUGCUGACCUCAAGGAGCAUGUCAUCAAGCCCGUUGUCCCCGAGAAGUACCUGGAUGAGAAGACCAUCUUCCAUCUCAACCCAUCUGGCCGUUUCGUCAUUGGUGGACCUCAUGGUGAUGCAGGACUCACUGGUCGCAAAAUCAUCAUUGAUACUUAUGGUGGUUGGGGAGCUCAUGGUGGUGGUGCCUUCUCUGGAAAGGACCCUACCAAGGUCGAUAGGAGUGGAGCCUACAUCGUUAGGCAGGCCGCGAAGAGCAUUGUUGCUAGUGGGCUUGCUCGCAGGUGUAUUGUGCAGGUCUCUUAUGCCAUUGGUGUGCCUGAGCCAUUGUCUGUGUUUGUUGACACCUAUGGCACCGGAAAGAUUCCGGACAAGGAGAUUCUCAAGAUUGUGAAGGAAAGUUUUGAUUUCAGGCCUGGAAUGAUUUCCAUUAAUCUAGACCUCAAGAGGGGUGGUGGUUGCAGGUUUUUGAAGACAGCAGCAUACGGGCACUUCGGAAGAGAUGACCCUGACUUCACCUGGGAGGUUGUAAAGCCCCUCAAAUGGGAGAAGCCCCAAGCUUAAGGUGACUGCGAGUGCUUGCAGCUUAUCAAUAAUAUCUACGAAUCUGCCUAUUGUUUGCUUGUUAUUGUGUCCAUUGUCUGUCUUUUUAAUGUCUGUUUAUUGUCAAUGGAAAAAUGUAGGAAGAGGACCUGCCUCAUUCAUUAUCCAUGGGAGAGGAGAGCAAAAUAGUGAUGCUAGGGUUUAGCUGCAGAGCAGCGUGACUGUAUUAAUGAUUAACUAUUUGUUUGAUUAUAAUUUUACUUUAUUGCU